UUUAGAUCAGGGAAGGAGAGGGGCUAGCAAAUAGUGUGUAAAUUUAAAUUUUAUAAAAUUAUAAAUAAACACACUGGGUCGUAAUAAACGUAGUUACUAGGAAGCCGCCAUCGGACACGUUCCGGUCACCUGUAGGUGCCAGGAGAAGGUGUUGGUGGCGUUUCCGAGCCGUUCCCUCAGUGAAAGCGGCGUGCUGGGGGAGGACGAGUCUCUUUGAAUAGACAGGAUGCACGGACCGCCUUCCAGCGACAGCGCAUGCCCACUGCGCCUCAUCAAGAGAGUUCAGUUCGGCAUCAUCAGUCCAGAUGAGCUUAAACGGAUGUCAGUUACCGAAGGGGGCAUCAAGUACCCUGAGACAACAGAGGGUGGACGCCCAAAACUGGGGGGCCUCAUGGAUCCCCGGCAGGGGGUCAUUGAACGUUCAGGCAGAUGCCAGACAUGUGCAGGUAACAUGACUGAAUGCCCAGGUCACUUUGGGCACAUUGAGCUGGCUAAGCCUGUCUUUCACGUUGGCUUUAUUACAAAAAUCAUGAAAGUCCUUCGCUGUGUGUGCUUCUUUUGCUCCAAACUGCUGGUUGAUGCGAAUAACCCAAAGAUCAAAGACAUCUUGAUCAAGUCAAAAGGCCAACCCCGAAAGCGUCUGAUCCACGUUUAUGACCUAUGUAAAGGCAAAAACAUUUGUGAGGGUGGAGAGGAAAUGGACAACAAGUUUGGAGUGGAGCAGCCUGAAAAUGAUGAGGACCUCACAAAAGAGAAGGGUCAUGGUGGCUGUGGGCGGUACCAGCCUCGGAUCCGGCGCUCUGGUUUGGAACUCUAUGCUGAAUGGAAGCAUGUUAAUGAAGACUCUCAGGAGAAAAAGAUUCUCCUCAGCCCUGAGCGUGUGCAUGAGAUCUUUAAGCGCAUUUCAGAUGAGGAGGAUAUUAUCCUGGGUAUGGAUCCCAAAUAUUCAAGGCCUGAAUGGAUGAUUGUGACUGUGCUGCCUGUUCCACCACUUGCUGUUAGACCUGCUGUGGUCAUGCAGGGAUCUGCAAGGAACCAGGAUGACUUGACACACAAGCUUGCUGACAUUGUGAAAAUUAAUAACCAGCUGCGGCGAAAUGAACAAAGUGGGGCUGCUGCCCAUGUCAUAGCAGAAGACGUCAAGCUCCUGCAGUUCCAUGUAGCCACAAUGGUUGACAACGAGCUGCCUGGAUUGCCAAGAGCAAUGCAAAAAUCAGGCCGUCCGCUGAAAUCCAUCAAACAGAGAUUAAAAGGUAAAGAGGGGCGAGUACGUGGUAACCUUAUGGGAAAGCGUGUAGACUUUUCUGCACGAACUGUCAUCACGCCGGACCCUAACUUGCAGAUUGAUCAGGUCGGCGUACCCCGCUCCAUUGCUGCAAAUAUGACUUUCCCAGAAAUCGUCACACCAUUUAACAUUGACAGGUUGCAGGAGCUUGUAAGGAGAGGUAACAGUCAGUAUCCCGGAGCUAAAUACAUUAUCCGUGACAAUGGCGAUCGAAUUGACCUUCGAUUCCACCCAAAACCCAGUGAUCUUCAUCUGCAGAUUGGCUACAAGGUGGAACGACAUAUGUGCGAUGGUGAUAUUGUCAUCUUCAACAGACAGCCCACCUUGCACAAAAUGUCUAUGAUGGGUCACAGGGUUCGAAUCCUGCCAUGGUCCACGUUUCGACUUAACCUCAGUGUAACGACUCCUUACAAUGCUGACUUUGAUGGGGACGAGAUGAACCUGCACUUGCCUCAGUCCUUGGAGACCCGUGCUGAGAUUCAGGAACUGGCCAUGGUACCACGUAUGAUUGUGACACCACAGUCCAACAGACCCGUCAUGGGUAUUGUACAGGACACGCUCACUGCCGUGCGCAAGUUCACCAAAAGAGAUGUCUUCUUGGAGCGGGGGGAAGUGAUGAAUCUCCUGAUGUUCCUGUCUACCUGGGAUGGGAAAGUGCCCCAGCCUGCUAUCUUGAAACCACGUCCACUGUGGACUGGCAAACAGCUCUUCAGCUUGAUUAUUCCAGGCCACAUCAAUGUGAUUCGUACACACAGCACACAUCCGGACGAUGAGGACAGUGGCCCAUAUAAGCACAUCUCUCCUGGAGACACAAAGGUAAUUGUGGAGAAUGGAGAGUUGAUUAUGGGCAUCCUGUGUAAAAAAUCACUGGGUACGUCUGCUGGCUCUCUCGUCCACAUAUCUUACCUGGAAAUGGGACAUGACAUUACCCGCCUUUUUUACUCCAACAUUCAAACCGUGGUCAACAACUGGCUGCUCAUUGAGGGUCACUCAAUUGGUAUUGGUGACUCUAUUGCUGAUGCCAAGACUUAUCUCGACAUUCAGAACACCAUCAAGAAGGCCAAGCAAGAUGUGAUAGAGGUAAUUGAGAAAGCUCACAACAAUGAACUGGAGCCCACCCCGGGUAACACCCUGAGACAGACUUUUGAGAACCAGGUCAACCGUAUUCUGAACGAUGCUCGAGACAAGACGGGUUCUUCUGCUCAGAAGUCCCUGUCUGAGUACAACAACUUCAAGUCCAUGGUGGUGGCUGGAUCCAAGGGCUCCAAAAUUAACAUCUCUCAGGUUAUUGCUGUGGUGGGUCAGCAGAACGUUGAGGGUAAGCGAAUCCCUUUUGGCUUCAAGCACCGCACUCUUCCUCACUUCAUCAAGGAUGAUUAUGGUCCUGAGAGCAGAGGCUUCGUAGAAAACUCCUACCUCGCCGGGCUUACACCAACAGAGUUCUUCUUCCACGCCAUGGGAGGCAGAGAGGGUCUGAUUGACACAGCUGUCAAAACUGCUGAGACAGGUUAUAUUCAGCGUCGUCUGAUCAAAUCUAUGGAGUCCGUCAUGGUUAAGUAUGAUGCCACAGUGAGAAACUCCAUCAACCAGGUGGUACAGUUGAGAUACGGUGAGGAUGGGCUGGCUGCAGAGGCUGUAGAGUUCCAGAACAUGGCCACCCUUAAACCAUCCCACAAAGCUUUCGAGAAAAAGUUCAAGUUUGACUACACCAAUGAACGAGCUCUGCGACGCACCUUGCAGGAGGAUGUGUUGAAGGAUGUAAUGACUAACGCACUUGUUCAGACUUCCCUGGAGAAGGAAUUUGAGAAAAUGAAGGAAGACCGGGAGAUUUUAAGAGCAAUCUUUCCCACUGGAGACAGCAAGGUGGUGCUGCCAUGCAAUCUGGCUAGGAUGAUCUGGAAUGCACAAAAGAUUUUCCGCAUUAACACACGAACUCCAACAGAUCUUAACCCCUUUCGAGUGGUGGAGGGUGUGGAAGAACUGAGCAAGAAGCUGGUCAUUGUGAAUGGUGACGAUCCACUAAGCAGGCAGGCCCAACAAAAUGCUACUCUUCUGUUUAACAUCCAUCUCCGCUCUACCCUCUGCUCCCGACGAAUGACUGAGGAGUUUCGGCUCAGCACUGAGGCGUUCGAGUGGUUGCUUGGUGAAAUUGAGACCAAGUUUAACCAGUCAAUUGCUCACCCUGGUGAGAUGGUGGGUGCUCUGGCUGCUCAGUCUCUGGGUGAGCCUGCCACCCAGAUGACAUUGAACACUUUCCAUUAUGCUGGUGUGUCUGCCAAGAACGUCACCCUGGGUGUGCCUCGACUUAAAGAGCUGAUUAACAUCUCCAAGCGUCCCAAGACUCCCUCUCUGACGGUGUUCCUGCUGGGCCAGGCAGCCCGUGAUGCAGAGCGAGCAAAAGACAUCCUAUGUCGCCUGGAGCAUACCACUUUGCGCAAGGUCACAGCCAACACGGCCAUCUACUAUGACCCCAACCCCCAGAGCACGGUUGUGUCUGAGGAUCAGGAGUGGGUGAACGUUUAUUAUGAGAUGCCUGACUUUGAUGUAACUCGUAUCUCUCCAUGGCUGCUGCGUAUCGAGCUGGAUCGUAAACACAUGACUGACCGUAAGCUCUCUAUGGAGCAGAUUGCAGAGAAGAUUAAUGCAGGUUUUGGUGAUGAUCUGAACUGCAUCUUCAAUGAUGACAACGCUGAGAAACUGGUGCUGCGUAUUCGGAUCAUGAACAGUGAUGAGCACAAGAUGCAGGAGGAUGAGGAGGUGGUGGAUAAGAUGGACGACGAUGUGUUUCUGCGGUGCAUUGAGUCAAACAUGCUGACCGACAUGACCCUGCAAGGCAUUGAACAAAUCAGCAAGGUGUACAUGCAUCUUCCACAGACAGAAAACAAGAAAAAGACCAUAAUCACAGAGGAGGGAGAAUUUAAAGCCCUUCAGGAAUGGAUUCUGGAAACAGACGGUGUCAGUCUUAUGAGAGUUCUCAGUGAAAAGGACGUGGACCCGGUUAGGACCACCUCCAACGACAUUGUGGAGAUUUUUACUGUACUUGGUAUUGAGGCAGUGCGAAAGGCUCUGGAGCGAGAAUUGUACCAUGUCAUUUCGUUUGAUGGUUCCUAUGUGAACUAUCGCCACCUUGCUCUGCUGUGUGACACGAUGACCUGCAGAGGUCACUUGAUGGCCAUCACCCGUCACGGCAUCAACAGACAAGACACUGGGCCACUCAUGAAGUGCUCUUUUGAAGAGACUGUGGAUGUGUUGAUGGAAGCCUCAUCCCACGGAGAAAGUGAUCCAAUGAAGGGAGUUUCUGAAAACAUCAUGCUGGGACAACUGGCUCCUGCUGGCACUGGUUGCUUUGACCUGCUGCUGGAUGCUGAGAAAUGCAAAUAUGGCAUGGAGAUCCCCACCAACCUUCCUGGCAUCAGUGUAGCUGGACCCACUGGAAUGUUCUUUGGCACUGCUCCCAGCCCUAUGAGUGGCAUGUCCCCAUCUAUGACACCUUGGAACACAGGUGCCACCCCAGCUUAUGGUGCCUGGUCACCCAGUGUUGGGAGUGGAAUGACUCCUGGAGCAGCAGGUUUCUCACCCAGUGCUGCAUCUGAUGCCAGUGGCUUUUCUCCGGGUUACUCGCCUGCAUGGUCUCCCACACCUGGCUCUCCUGGUUCUCCUGGACCAGCCAGCCCCUACAUACCCUCUCCAGGUGGCGCCAUGUCUCCAAAUUAUUCACCUACAUCACCAGCCUAUGAGCCCCGCUCCCCUGGAGGAUACACCCCACAGAGUCCAGGAUACUCCCCAACAUCGCCCUCUUACUCCCCAACUUCUCCUUCAUACUCUCCAACCAGCCCCAACUAUAGCCCAACAUCGCCGUCUUAUUCUCCCACCUCUCCAUCCUACUCUCCGACCUCUCCAUCAUACUCUCCUACAUCUCCAAGCUACUCGCCAACGUCACCCUCCUACUCUCCAACUUCGCCAUCCUAUUCGCCCACCUCGCCAUCUUACUCCCCGACGUCUCCGUCCUAUUCUCCAACUUCACCUUCUUAUUCCCCAACGUCACCCAGCUACAGCCCGACAUCGCCGUCAUAUUCACCGACCUCUCCAUCUUACUCGCCCACUUCUCCGUCAUACUCUCCUACCUCGCCAUCCUAUUCUCCAACAUCACCCUCGUAUUCUCCAACAUCGCCCAGCUACAGUCCGACUUCACCUAAUUACACCCCCACUUCACCCAGCUACUCACCAACUUCUCCAUCGUACAGCCCCACCUCACCUUCCUAUUCGCCCACCUCUCCGAAUUACACCCCCACCAGCCCAAAUUACUCUCCAACAUCCCCGUCUUAUUCACCCACCUCUCCGUCUUACUCUCCAUCCAGUCCCAGGUACACCCCUCAAUCUCCCACUUACACCCCGAGCUCUCCAUCUUACAGUCCAAGUUCCCCAUCUUACACUCCUACUUCACCCAAAUAUACCCCCACCUCACCAUCAUACAGCCCCAGUUCUCCAGAAUACACCCCCACUUCACCCAAAUACUCGCCCACUUCACCAAAGUACUCUCCAACAUCACCCAAAUACAGUCCCACUUCUCCAACGUACUCGCCCACUACGCCGAAAUACAGCCCUACUUCACCCACCUAUUCUCCGACAUCGCCUACCUAUACCCCAACCAGCCCAAAAUACUCGCCCACUUCGCCUACCUACUCUCCGACGUCGCCCAAAUACUCUCCCACAUCUCCGACGUACUCGCCUACUAGUCCUAAAGGCUCUACGUACAGUCCCACUUCUCCCGGAUACAGUCCAACCUCGCCUACGUACAGUCCGACAAUUAGUCCAGAAGACAGCGAUGAGGACAACAACUAAAGCUGAUUGGAUGAGAGGUGCCAGUGUGUUCUGUUCUUUGAUUUCCUUUUUAAUUCUGAGGAAAAGACAAUGUUGGCAUGGAACAUUGGCACAAAACUUUGGCACCUGUGAUUCAGACAGAAGAAAACGAAGGAGCUUAGGUUCCCGCGUGUGAAAAGUUCUGAAACCUUUUCAGACAUCUGCAAACAUGCUCUAUUUACUGUAAGUCUAUAGAGUUGAACUCUAGAACCAGCUGCCUUUGAACAUGAACUUAAGGUUCAUGGGUGGUUUAUUGCACCACAGGUGGUUGGUUGGGGGAGCGAAGGAGGGAAUAUGUCAUCUGAAAUUCAGUGUUGAAUAUAGAAAUCAGUGAGCUUGAAGUAUUGCUGAAAUCCUUUAGAAUGAAUAGAGAAUUGUAUCUUCAGAUGGAAUUUUGACUUAAUCUUUAGACUAAAUUGAAAUACGCAGAGAUUUUACUGAAACGUAUCUAACGUUGACUUUGAAUUUUUUUUUUUGGCUCUGUAAAUAUUCGCUUGUCUGUUUAUCCAUGUGAAUGGAAAGAAUCAAAAGUGAAAAGCUAAUGUAAAUGGUUAUUGAGCCAGAUUUUGUUUGUUCAUGGAAAUUCAAAUUCUGUAAAAAGUUUUAAACACAGCAUGUAUAUAUACAUUUGAGAGUUGAGUGCGAAAAUUUGCAUACCUUAAAAACAAAAAUAUAAAUUUAAAAAUGUUGUUUGAUUGUUCUUACAACUAACCUUUAAAUUUGCAUUUCCCCUUUCUGAAUGUUAUGGAUAUUUUCUAAAUGUAUGUCACCACUUGCCAAACUCUUUAUCUACUUUAUCUCAAUCUAGUUUUGUCACUUAUGAAAUUUUAGUUUGUCAUACAAGUAUGCUCACCAUACAUUAAUAAAGCUAUAAUUUAAAUAUCGCCUGCUUACUUGAUGCUAAUAUUUUGUACUGUAAUGUGUUAAUUUUGUACCUACACACAGUAUUCUUCAAUUAAAUUCAUAGCUAAAUUGAUUACAAUGUAACAAUUCUAUAGAAACUUAUAUUAUCCGUACAGAAGUAGGUAAAAGCUAUUAACCACCGAUGAUGGAUAUUAAAGUGGUUGUUUAUAUGAUUGCGAGUGAAUAAGCAAUGUCAUGCAGCAAAUUCUGAUUCUCUCGAACUACUCACAAUAGUGAGUUCAAAAUAGUCUUCAAUUUAACAUAGAUUGUAAUUCUAUUGGCUUGUGAACGUUAUUGAAUUAGCUUUGUUUGCGCAGGAUAUUUGGCUUUUAUGUAACCAUUGAUAUUUUUGCAGAUUAAUUCUCAUUUAAAAACAUGAAUGCAAACUUUUGCACUCAACUAUAAUCUGUCCAGCCCUUUCGCUGGUCACAAAAAUAAGAGGGGUCAUAUUUAGUGACCACUUAUAGGAGGUGUAAAGGGGGUUGGCUUUGUUUUGAUAGUUUAAAGAACAUGUUUUUGUAUCCCACUGUGCCCAGAGUAACACAUUUUCAUCUUACACCAGCAUUCUUAUGCUAAAUUCAGCAACUGCAAAGAUAAGGUGGUCAGCAAUAGUUCCCCUCUAAUCUCAGAGGAGUGUUAAGUUUUUGAAUUUCUAUUUUUUCCAUGUGAUUUUAGUGUUAAAGGAGGAGUGAAUUGGUUGUGUGUAUGUUGGCUUAAUGUUUAAACCAGUUAAUGUUUUUUUUUUGUUUGUUUGUUUUUUUGCUUAAUCUUUCUUCAAACUGCUUUUGCAGUGUAACUUUACUGAUUACCAAGUGUAUGUAUAAAUAUUACCUCUUCAGUCUGUUAAACAUCAGUUGACCAUGAUUUUUUUUUUUUUUUUUUUUUUUCUUUUGCAUUUUUAGUUUUGUGUGACUAGGUUUACUUUGGUUUUAGGAGGUUCUUUUUGAUUCCUUUUGGAAAAUCUUGGACAUCUUAGUCUGAAAUUGACUACACUAGGCUGUUUUAUUUAAAGCUAAAUGGACGCUUUAAACAGCAGGGGGCAACAAAGACCAAAUUAAAUGGCAUAUAUAGAGCGACAUACUUGAAUCUUCAGUUCCUCAAUACUUUAACUUGAUAAAGUCUGAUUGUCCCAGAAUUUAUUAUAGAAUUAGGGUGGUACACCAGGUGGGUAUGUCCUCCUCCUUACUCCAAUGCAUCCAAAUGUAGCCUGUGAUUUUUCCUAAAUCUUUUAUAUUAAAUUUACUGUUUCAGCAGUUUGGCUUGCAGUUGUAGAAGGGUCAGAUGCUGUUAUACUGGGAACUGUUGUGCAGCAAAAGUCUUGUUUAAUAUGUGGAACCAGGGUUAAUUCCUGACAUGAGAGGCCUUUGUAUAGCUUUAUAGACUGAUGUCAUGACUGUCUGUGCAGUCAAAAGUAAACCAGUUAUGUACUCCCCAUCGAUGGGUGCAGAAUGAGAGCCUUGUCUCGCUAAAAGCUACUUUGUGUAAAUGGUAGUUUUAAGGCCUUAGAUUACACUUAGCAGAACAGGGUUGUCUGUAUAUCUGCCUUCAAAAAAUGUUUCUUACUAAAGUUUGAGUCACUUGAGUCAGCUGUGUACCCAGGCUUCUGUAUAAUGUAUUUCAGAGAGCAUGAGUUUUGUAUGUAUGUAAGCUGACAUGGUCAGCUUCAGUUUAAGCAAAUACUGAGCCUGGGAUUAAAGGGGAGAAUGGAUUAUAAAUCUAAAAUACAAUUGUCACUGUAUAGAAGCAGUCUUCCCUAAUUCUCUGUAUCUGUUUGUUUUGACUUGAUAAAAACAAUAAAAAGUUCACCUAUAA